AUGGCCGCACAAGCCCAAAGCUUCGACACGCCCGACGUCCACUUCAAUCCCGGUGGCUGGGGUCCCACCGAAGACGACCUGCCGAAGCAGUUUUUGGACGUGCCCUACGCGCCCUUCGGGAAAGGCGACCGAUUGGGAAGAGCCGCGGACUUCACUGCCUCUGCCUACUAUCAACAAAAACAAAAAUACAGAAGAGAACGGGACGCGCGGGACCGCGACGGCGACUUCAAGAACGAGACCUUCCAGUUCAAGCACGACGCGGCGGAAGACGCGUCGUUCCGACUGGUCGACACUGCCAAAAAACAGACCGGUAGCCGCUUCGACCAGGGUUUCAAGAAGCCCUGGCAGAUGCGUGGAAGAGGCCGGGGGGCGGGCGGGCGCGGUCGCGGGUUCGGCGGCGUGACGUACAGCAAAGGCAAGGGCCAGGGCCAGGGCAAGGGCAAGGGCAAAGGUACGGGCACGGGCGGGAAGCGCUGGGGCCGCGGCCGGGGCUGGGGGAAUAGAAGACCUCAUGUCCAGAAAGUUGAUAGAGGUUCUUCGGUCAACGUGCGCGGUUCUUGGGUUUGUGUCGAGGAGUUUGAUUUAGGACAGCUCAACAAACUGUCGACGGCGGCGCCCGAGGCGUCUGACUUGUUGUGGGCCGGUGAACUUGCGCUGUACGACGAUUCCUACGAUCGCGUCAGUACGAGGACGCAGAAACCGCUGCAACGAGCGGAGAACCGGGAGUUCUACUACGUAUCCACCACAGAUGACCCGGCCAUCGAGAAACUAGCGGAGGAACAGGCCGGUACGGUCUACGGUACGGACGCUAUCUUUUCGUUACUGAUGGCGGCUCCUAGAUCUGUUUAUCCUUGGGAUGUGGUCGUGCAAAAAUUAGAUGGCGUCCUAGUCUUCGACAAGCGCGACACGGCGAACUUCGAUUACUUGACGGUGUCGGAAACGUCUCACGACCCCCCGAAGUCCCUCGAGGAGAUCGAAGAGGCCAAACGCUUCGACCGGCGAAGGAACAAGAAGGAGGACGACGAGCCUACGUCAGAUAUCAACACGCCCGACAAGUUGUCCAUCGAAGCGACCAUGAUCAACCAGAACUUCUCGCAGCAAAUUCUCUCUGACAAAGCUCCGGAGAAGAUGUCCCUGCCGAACCCGUUCGCGGACACGGAAAACGCGGAGGCGAAGCCCGCUUCACUCGCGUAUCGCUACCGCAAAUUCCAGCUGGGGGAACAUGCGCUCGUGGCUCGUACGGAAGUCCACGCUGUUGUGGACAAGCGCGGCGACCUCCAGAAGAUGACCGCGUUCGCGCUCAACGAGUGGGAUAGUAAGUUGAGCGGAGGCGUCGAGUGGCGCCAGAAGAUCGACGCUCAAAGAGGCGCCGUGCUUGCGACGGAGCUCAAGAACAAUAGCUGUAAGCUAGCAAGGUGGACGGCGCAAUCCAUACUGGCGGGCGCGGAGCAGAUGAAGCUCGGCUAUGUCUCUCGCGUCGCUCGGACCAAUCCUUAUGAUCAUGUGGUGCUCGCGACGCAGUUCUACAAGCCCAAGGAGUUCGCGACGCAAAUCACGCUCAACGUGAACAACAUGUGGGGCAUCAUCAAAAUGCUCGUGGACUUGUUGUUGGACAAGGACGACGGCAAGUACGUCAUCGCGCGCGACGGGCUGAAGCCUCUGGUUCGGAUCUACGCCGUGCCUCCCAAUACGUUCGAGGGCGACGAUAGCGAGGACGACGAUGAGGUGGUGCAGGAGGAGGAGAGCGAGUCGGACUAG